AUGUCUGACAAGUUUGAGACGUUGCAGCUGCACGCGGGUGCUGAGCCGGACCCGACGACCAAAUCCCGCGCGGUGCCCAUCUAUGCCACGACGAGCUUCACCUUCAACGACUCGGCGCACGGCGCACGGCUCUUCGGGCUCAAGGAGUUCGGCAACAUCUACAGCCGCCUGAUGAACCCUACCGUGGACGUGUUCGAGAAGCGCAUGGCGGCCCUGGAGGGCGGCGCCGCCGGGCUGGCGUCGUCGUCCGGCCAGGGCGCGCAGUUCAUCACGUUCGCGACGCUGGCGCAGGCGGGCGACAACAUCGUGUCGACGACGAACCUGUACGGCGGCACGUACAACCAGCUCAAGGUCUUCCUCCCCCGGCUGGGCAUCCAGACCAAGUUCGUCCGCGGCGACGACGCGGCCGACAUCGCGGCCGCCAUCGACGACCGCACCAAGGCCGUCUACGUCGAGAGCAUCGGCAACCCGCGGUACAACGUCCCCGACCUGGCCGCCAUCGCCUCGGCCGCCCACGCCAAGGGCGUGCCCCUCGUCGUCGACAACACCUUCGGCGCCGGAGGUUACUACGUGCGGCCCAUCGACCACGGCGCCGACAUCGUCGUCCACUCGGCCACCAAGUGGAUCGGCGGCCACGGCACCACCAUCGGCGGCGUCAUCGUCGACGCCGGGAGGUUCGACUGGGGCGCGCACGGCGACCGCUUCCCCCAGUUCGUCCAGCCGUCCGAGGGCUACCACGGCCUCAAGUUCUGGGACACCUUCGGUCGAGAGUCCUUCAUCAUCCGCGCCCGUGUAGAGACCCUGCGCGACCUCGGGGCCACCCUCAACCCCUUCGCCGCGCAGCAGCUGCUCCUGGGCAUCGAGACCCUCAGCCUGCGGGCGGAGCGCCACGCCCAGAACGCCCUCGCCCUGGCAAACUAUCUCGACGCCAGCCCCUACGUCUCCUGGGUCUCGUACCUCGGCCUCCAGGCCCACCCUUACCACGAGCGCGCCAAGAAGCUCCUGCCCAACGGCUUUGGCGGCGUCCUCAGCUUCGGCGUCAAGGGUGGUGGUGCCGCUGGAAGUCAGGUCGUCGACGGCUUCAAGCUCAUUUCAAACUUGGCCAAUGUCGGAGAUGCAAAGACUCUGGCUAUCCACCCCUGGAGCACGACGCACGAACAGCUGUCGGACGAGGAAAAGAUUGAUUCUGGUGUGACCGAGGAUCUUAUUCGCAUCUCUGUCGGCAUCGAGCACAUUGACGAUAUUAUUGCCGACUUUGAGCAGUCAUUCAAGGCCGCUUCAGCGACGACGGCUGCUUGA